AUGACAUACAACAGAAGUCGUAUGCCAAUGCCAGGCGGGCAGCAAUACGGCGAGCCUCCGGCAUAUCAAGAAUCCCUGUCUAAUCCUCCCCCCGUUCCUCCUAGACUGGGCCUCAGGAAUCCACCCUCGCUGCCUCCUCGAGUACCAAUUGUUAGAGAACUCGAUAUCGCGACAAGAAAUAUGUCAAAUGUCAAAAUCGAUGGCAACGUUAACUUUGAUGACGUUUUCAGGCCUGAUCCACCUCCCGAUAUAUUUAAGGCGAGUAAUCAUGAGCUGAACCUUCCUAGGAAUGUUGAUAACAAAGAAAUGCCCGUCGAAACGAAUAAGUUCUACGGAAAUAUGAUGGUAGGGAGUCAAACGAAUCCCGUAUGGACGCAUCCGUACUCUCUAUGGUGGGCUAAGGAUUCUCCUCAUAUGGGAAUUGCAGUAGCUCACAUUCAAGCCUCUCAAAGGGUAUUUGGACCGGGGUCGCCACCUCAGUAUUUUUUCAAUCCAAUUGGUAUCAAAUCAUUAGUAUUCUCUAGUACAGACUAUACCACGGCAGAUGAUUUUUCCCUAGGUUUCGCAUCUUUGACACAUAUGUCUGCACAAGUGUUUUUGCGCAAAAAUAACGAUCAGUACAUUCGUUUUCCCUUGGUUCAAGGAAUGGGCCUUAUCACAGCGAUUUAUCACAACUUGGUGCCAAAACUUUGCACUGCCGUGGGAAUCAAAAGCUUUCAGAAAGUUACUUCUGGAAAUGAACAAAUUAAAUAUAAACUAUUGCUGGAAAAUAAUGUUGUUUGGCUGUUAUAUGUAAUUGUGCCUGGGGGAUGCAAUAUCGAAAUAACCAUGCAAGACGCAAAUACUUUAGUGGGUUCUGCCUCUCUGGACCAAUGCACUAUGCAAAUUGUUGCUAAUGAUGCAAAAGAUAUUGAUAUUGCAGCGGGCUGUUAUCCUAUCCAUUGCGAAUUGGAUUGCUCUACAGAGGGCGAUAUCGGAAAAUAUCAAUUUAGGUAUCUCACUGAAGGUAAAUCUGUAUGUGGAAAGACCCUCAUGUUUGCAUUUCCACACCAUGUGAGCAAUUUCACUGAUGAAAUGCAUUCUCAACCAAUAGUCUGUCAGUUAGACUCUACAAUAAAAGGUGUUAUGAACAGUUAUUUGACAGACUCGUUCGAAAUGAAAGUUUCAAUUCCCAAAUCCUUGGGCUUCUCACCAUUUACCACAAUUUCUGGAAAGGGCAACGGUGUUAGGUAUUCCUCAGACGUACUUGAAGCUGUAAAAAAGGCAGCAUCAUCAGAGGUGAAUUUGGAUGUAUCAACUGAAUCAAAUUUGGACUCAAUGUAUUUUUCUGGAAAAAUUCUGGCAAAAUAUGCAUGGAUUCUUUACUGCUGCCAAUACAUUAUAAAGGAAAAAGAUUUAGUAGAUUGUUUGUUACCAAAAUUGAAAAGUGCCAUUUCUCGCUUUGCUGAUAACCAUCAAGUAUUGCCAUUGAAGUAUGACAAGACUUGGGGAGGCAUCAUAUCCUCUGGAACAAGUUCUCAAGAUUUUGGAAAUUCCUUUUACAAUGACCAUCACUUUCAUUAUAGUUACCACGUAAUUGCGGCUGCAAUUAUAACAAAGGUUGAUCAUGACGCAGGUGAUAAUGCCUGGCUAUUACAAAAUAGGGCAUGGGUAGAAGCCCUGAUUAGAGAUUACGCCAACCCCUCUGAAAAGGAUAGAUUCUUCCCAGUGUUCAGAUCUUUUGAUUGGUUCAAUGGACAUUCAUUUGCCAAAGGAUUAUUUGAAAGUGGAGAUGGAAAAGAUCAAGAAUCUAGUUCGGAAGAUGUGAAUGCGUCCUAUGCUUUAAAACUCUGGGGUCUUGCGACCGAAAAUCAGCCUCUGAUUGAUAUUGCUGACAUUCAACUUGGCAUCUUGAGAACCUCUGUGAACAUGUAUUUCCUUUACUCAGAUGAUAACACAGUGAUGCCAUCAGCCUUCAUUCGUAAUAAAGUAAGUGGUAUAUUAUUCGAAAACAAAAUAGAUCACACAACUUACUUCGGUAACGAGUUGCAGUAUAUUCAAAUGAUACAUGCUAUCCCUAUAACCCCAGCCUCCUCAUUUGUUAGAACACCAAAAUUUGUCGAGGAAGAAUGGCGUGAAAAACUGUCGCCAAUAGUUAACGACAUAAAAGAUGGCUGGCAGGGAAUAAUUAUGCUGAAUGCGGCGUUAUUCGAUCCUCGAAUUUCUUUCAACUACUUCAAUACUCCUGAAGUAUUUCUCGAUAAUGGCCAAAGUUUAACAUGGUCACUGGCAUACUCAGGAGCAUUCUUAUAA